AUGGGAGAUGCUUGGGAUCGGAGAAAAUGCCUCGAGCUCGUCCAGAGCGUCCAAACCCUCGCAGCUGCCAAGGAUCUACACGCAGCCAUUGUGAAUUGCAGGGAUUUCUCUUCCAGCCGCGAUAUCUUCUUCUCCAACAAGCUCAUCGAAAUGUAUGGGCGGUGUGGGAGCGUCCUCCACGCGCAACAAGCCUUCGAUCGAAUCGCCGCCAAGGAUAACUUCUCGUGGGUGUUGCUGCUACACGCGUACUCCCGCAAUGGCUACUUGAGAGAGGCCAAAUCCACCUUUGACGCGAUGCCCCAGCCCAACAUGGUGGCCUGGAACGCGAUGCUUGCGGCAUUUGCCAAGAACGGGCAAUUGCAGGGAGCGAGACAAAUCUUUGACACAAUGCCAGCGAGAAAUCUCGUCUCGUGGGUCACAAUGCUUGAUCUGUAUGCACGAAACCACCUAGCUGGCGAUGCAACUUGGUUUUUUGAUAACAUGCCUGACAAAGAUCUUGUAUCAUGGAACGCUAUAUUGUCCGCAAAUGCCCGUUGUGGGUGUUUAGAGAAAUCUAAAUCUCUCUUUGAAACUAUGCCGCUAAGAAAUGUAAUUUCGUGGACGAACUUGCUAGUUGCUUAUGGCCAAAAGCAUUUAGUUUUAGAGUCUAGGAGAGUCUUUGAUUUAAUGCCUGAAAGAGACCAAGUUGCAUUAACAUCACUGCUCGCAGUGUAUGCCCAGGCUGGGCAUAUUGAAGAAACGCGGCUGGUUUUUGAUGGAAUCCAGCACCAAGACAUGGCGUCGUGUUCUACCAUGCUGGGGGCGUAUGCCCAAAACGGGCACCUUGACGAAGCCAAGAAGAUUUUUGAUAACAUGCCAGUUUGUGAUCUCGUCUCUUGGAACUGCCUUGCCAGUGCUUAUGUGUGGAAUGGGGAUUUGGAGUCGACGAAGCAAGUCUUUGAUGUUAUGCCGGAGAAGAAUGUGUUCUCCUGGACGAUCAUUCUCGCUGCUCAAGCACAGAGAGGCCAUCUUGGAGACGCUGCAAAAACUUUUAGAGGAAUGCCACAGCGAGAUUCCAUCUCAUGGAGUGCUAUGCUCGCUGCCUACACGCAAAAUGGAAAGCCAGAGAUUGCCGAGGAGAUUUUCCACGAGCUCAAGAUGGUUUACUCCCCGGAUCAUGUAUCUUUCGUCUCUGGAAUGAUAGCUUGUGCGCAUCAAGGCAAAGUUUACCAAGGACGAUGCCACUUUGUGUCCAUGGUCGAAGAUUUUGGCCUCCCUCCACUCAAGCAGCACUACUCGUGUGUGAUUGACUUGCUUGGAAAGGCGGGAUACUUGGAGUUUGCUCACGAGCUCAUGAGUUGUAUGCCUUUUGUGCCGGAAGCCGUGGACUGGCUCUCCUUCCUGGGCUCGUGUCGAAGUUACAAAGCUCUUGGCUAUGGCGCUUUUGUCGCAGGCAGUGCUCUUGACUCUGGAGCCGUGAAGGACUCGUCAGGUUAUGUCCUUCUUGCAAGUCUCUUCUGCAUGGAGAAGAAGUGUGUCGGCUUUCCGGCACAUAGAGAUGAGCUCAAACUUCCACCCCGACCGAAAAGAUCGACCACGCAGCUAAAGUAUGAUCGUUCUAGCUCUCCUCAGUUGAUGUUUGUGAUUAACCACGAGAACUUAAACAUGGACUUGCUGCAAGCUGGACGAUCCUGCGAAUCCGAUAGACCAUCGCUGAUUGCUCUAAAUCGACGCCAGGAACACGGAGUCCAUCUCUCCAAGCUAAUCGAAAUGUAUGGCAAGUGUGGAAGCACGAGGUACGCGAAGGGGAUUUUCAACGCCAUUGCCAGCCGAGGAGCAAGUGCUGUCCUGGUGCGCUCGGCUUUCUGCAAGAACAGACGAAACGAGGUGGCUAGGAAUGAGCUCGUCGACUCAUCGCCUGGAAUACCAUGCUCGGGGAAUAAAGCCAAAUUGGAGCUUGAGUCCAUGUAUACCUUGCCAAUGUUCCUCUCCGAUCUGAGCAAGGAUCGGCUGCCUUCGUUUGUGAAGGCAGUGAUGUCAAACUCAGGGACUAAUGAGGAAAUGAAAGAUGUUAUGCUAAAGUCGGGCGUCAAGGAUCCCGCUCUAGAACACUGGAUCCCUGCUAUGCAGCUGCAUUUGCUCUAUGUAAGUCCACAAAAUCGAGGGCACUGGCCUGCUGCGUUUUGGACAGUGGAACCAUUAUUAUAG